AUGCACACGGCUCUUGCCCUCUGGACGAGAGCGCUGGCGUUGACGCUGCUCGGCGUGGUGUUGCUUCCGGUAGCCGGCGCCGCUGAAGAAGAAAAGGGCGCAUUCGCGGCUCCAGCGUUUUGUGAUCGGGAGGCCAGCCGACACGCCAGGGAGAUCAUCCGCCAGUUUUUGCUGCCAGAACUCCAUGCUCGGGAGUACCAUUUUCCCUCCAGAUGCCGGCUGGAAGAGAGUCGAGACAUGUAUGCAUGGCAAGAGAGUCAGAAAACGUUGGGGGUACGGGGAACCUGGAAGUGCAACUUCUGUGGCAAGGUCUUUAGGAACGAACACUACGUGGAUGGUCACCUGGACAGGCGUCACGCUGACCAGGUGAGGCCGUCCGCGGAUGUGUGCCUGGCCGACCUGUGCCCCUUGCUGUUGUGCGACGACCUGGCCAACGACGCCAUCCCCGGUGACGCCCACGCCGUCAGCCCAUGCUCCGCCUUCGACCAGCAGAGGCGCCAGCGGCAGUGCGGCCUGCUGGCGUCGGAGUGCUUCCCCUUGGACGGCGGCGCGGUGUCCGUGGACCUGCACGAGUACUUUACGCAGUACUUCUGUGAGGCGCUCACGUGCGACGGCUCCCUUAAAGCCCAGCGGCUGCGGGCGCUGCGGGGCGCCCGGGUGGAGCAGACCGGCCUGGCGUACCCAGUCCUCAGCGUCUUCACUCUGGCGGCCCUGGCUAUGUUCUACGUCGUGUACUGCGGCACCAGGGAGGCCAGGCCGGAGGGCCCCCUGGCCCGGGGCGACCUGCGGCGCAGGGAGCCCAGGGAGCGCCCGGUGCGGCGCGGCGUGGCGAGCUGGGCGGGCUUUCUGUGGAAGGAGGAGAAGGCGAAGGAGUACUGA